UUGACAACCAACUCUCCAGCCCGUUGUAUCAGUGGAUAAAACGCUGGCCGCGACCACCAACAAAUGGUGGAAAGGCAGUUGUGAGUUCAUGAAAUAUGUACUAGUAUCACUGUGUUUUAUCUGGCCGAAAGAAGUGCAUGUAAAGAAGUAUAUGCUAUUAUUUGUGUGACAUUAGAUAAAGGGAGUGCACCUUGCGUCCGCGAGUAUGGGGUGACGUAUGCUGCUUUACAGUAUAUGUAGUUUAACGCGAAGAGACAUUACUCGAGAAAAAGAUGGAUUUACCUCGUCGUUUUCCAGACCCGGUGCUCAACCCAAUAGUCUUCAAAGAAACCGCGGCAUCCUACGGAAAAGGUGCAGCUUCUGCAACCAGGACUGGGUCUGGCGCCACGGUAUCCAGCGCACUAAGAAACGAUUUGGGCACUAACAUUAAUGUGUUAAAAACACUGAAUCUCCGUUUCCGAUGUUUCCUUUACAAAGUGCACGAAUUGGAGCGCAGAAAUAAGUUAUUGGAGAUCAAGCUGCAGCACGCGCAGGAGCAGUCCCGGUACCGAGUCGUGUUUUCCCGAGAGCAAGCGGUCCAGACGAACCUCGAGCUGCCUUACGCAAACACACUGUGUCAGUCGAGACUUCCCGGUAAAAUCUGGAGUUUCUCACAUACGUCCAGAUACGGAGGACGGUUCGAAACUCAUCAGGGGCCCGGAGUGUCCUGGACUCAUCCUGAUGGUGUCGGGGUUCAGAUUGACACCAUCACACCUGAACUCAGGGCCUUGUACAAUGUUUUGGCCAAAGUCAAGCGCGAGAGAGACGAAUACAGGAGAAAAUGGGAGGAGGAGUUGUCCAAAUGUCAGCAGAUGGAGUCCUUGGUGAACACCUUACAAGAGAAUGUUCUGUCAUCUGAAGCAAUGCAAGGAGAAUUGACUGAGAAGAUGAAACUGCUUAAAUCAGAGUUGGUGGUCUUUAAAAGCCUCAUGUCUAAUGAUGAAGUGUCUGACUUGGACACUAAAAUCCAGGAGAAAGCCAUGAAGGUUGAUAUGGAUAUCUGUAGACGCAUCGACAUCACAGCCAAGCUGUGUGAUGUAGCACAGCAGAGGAACUCAGAAGACAUGACCAAGAUAUUGCACGGCAGCCCGUCCAGAGUUCCUCCAGAGCAGAAAGGGGGGAUGUCAGUAUGCAGGAAGGAGGAGUGUAAAGGUGAAUCAGAGCAGCAGAAAGUGGAGACUGAGCUUGAUUCUGGUCACUGUGAAGAAGAGGUGCCUGGAUCUCUCAACAUCACUGAUGAGAUGAAGCGUAUGCUCAACCAGCUGCGGGAAACGUUUGAGUUUGACGAUGACUGUGACAGUCUGGCGUGGGAAGAGACUGGGGAAACUCUACUGCUCUGGGAGGAUUUCUCUAACUACAACAGCCUGAACCUCACCACCACCCUGAACAACACAGCUGCUGCUAGUGCAGCCACCACCAUGACCUGCACCUCCAACUCACAUGAAGAAACCCACGAGCAGGUGGGUCAGCAGGAUUGGAGUCUAGGUAGCCUUAUACAUGAGACUGAGUCUCUCUUUAAAACCAGAGAGCAGGAGUACCAGGACACCAUCGGAGAGAUAGAGCUUGAACUGGCCACAGCCAAGAGUGAUAUGAACAGACACCUGCAUGAGUACAUGGAGAUGUGCAGUAUGAAAAGAGGGCUGGAUGUACAGAUGGAGACCUGCCGGAGGCUCUUUCAAAGCACAACUCCAACCGGCAGACAUUCCCCCUCUUUCAGCUCUGUGGCCAGCAGUGAUUCUGGAAACACAGAUGACAUCCAGGAUGAGCUGGAGCAUGAUGGAGUGAGGGAUGGAGUGAAAGAAGAGGCAGUAGAGACAAAUGGAGAUGUUAGAUGAUGAUGAGCCCUUCAUCAUUUGGCUUGCUCAGCUUCUCUUCCAGAGUUCUAGCUCUCUUUGUGAGCUCCUUUAAGUCUCUGGUCUUUGGAUGGAUAAGUGUGGAAUUCUAAAUUCCCAAAGAGCAAGUAUUGGUGCUACAUAUGUUGUCUUAG